AUGACCCAACCCCAACAACACCGCACCUACAUCCUCGACCUCUUCUCCGACCAAUCCACCGUCCGCGACCUCGUCAAGGGCAUCCUGCACACCAUCUUCUUCCACCGCUACUUCCCCUCCAUCCGCCCCUCCCUGUACGUUCCCUCCUCCUCGUCUACCUCCUCAUCAAACCAAACAUCCCUACCUGUCCCGCUCCCAGCAAUCCUCGACCCACCUGAAAUCGCAGCUGCGAUCGACACGCAUACGGCCGCUCUGAUCGCGCAAUUGACGGCGCCGGGCCCGACGAACGUGCCGCCGGGAGGGAGUCGGGGAGAGAUUGUGGUGCAGUUCUUUGAUCGUAAGCGGAGGAGGACGGGCGGAUAUACGGGCGGAUGGUUGGGGAGGCUAGGUGGUGGGGGUGGAGUGCAGGCUGAUGAGGAGGUCUGUUGGGAGGAGUGGUGUUUGCAGGUUGUGGUGGCGCGGCCGAGGAGUGAAGCUGAUCGCAUCAAAGUGAGAAGAGCGAUGGAAUCAAGUCUCACCAAGACAGCGCACAAGAUCGUGGCCACGGUCAUUCGUGACAAGGACCAUAUUCCGCCUAUCACCACGAGUGAACAGAAUCCGUUCCCAUACAGGAUAGCAGUCAAUCCCAAACAGCAGCAGAACCUAGAUAGAGGAUUCGGUGGUUGGAAUUGA